AUGGAAACCGCAACUUCAGGACGAGAAAUUGGCAAAAAUGCGCGGGAAAACAUUAACCUUAAAAGUGAAAGUAGUGAAUCAAACAGUGUUAGUCCAAAAAUAGUUGCUAAAGUGAAAAAAGCAAGAAGCUUUUUGGAAUUAUCUGUAAAUGGGAUGGAUAAUAAUUACGCAGUAAAAAAAAUAAACAGAAACGAUAGGCGUGUUUUGGUGAUAUAUACCGGGGGAACUAUUGGAAUGCUUGAAAGUAAAAAUGGAGUUUUAAUACCACAAAAAGGGGCAUUUGAAAAUUUGAUAAGAGGCUACCCUCAACUACACGAUAACGUAUAUUGGCGACAGAGAUUGAGCGACGCUACUUUUGAUAAUUCGUUUAUGGUAUUGCCAGAGGCAAAAGAAAUAGAUCGGCGAAUUUGUUAUAAAAUUAUCGAAUAUGAAAACCUACUUGACUCAUCCGAUAUGACUGAAGCGGAAUGGAUUCGAAUCGCUGAGGAUAUAAUGAAAUAUUAUGGCGAGUAUGACGGCUUCGUAGUACUUCACGGAACAGACACAUUGUCAUACACAGCGUCGGCUCUCUCCUUUAUGUUCGAAAAUAUUGGAAAGUGCAUCGUCUUAACCGGUUCGCAGAUACCAAUAUUUGAACCACGCAGCGACGGCGCGGACAAUUUCGUUUCUUCAUUACUUAUUGCUGGCGGUCUCGAUAUACCAGAAGUUACCGUGUUCUUCAGCAAUAAACUAUUCAGAGGCAAUAGGACGCGCAAAGUGUCAGUUAACAACUUAUACGCGUUUGACUCACCAAACUGUGUUCCACUCGUAGAAGUAGGAAUAGACUUUGAAGUGAAUAAAAAGGCGAUAUUCAAACCUAACACAAUUGAAAAAUGUAAUUUACACGCGAAGAUGUCAAAGAAUGUUGGACUUUUGCGAAUAUUUCCAAGCAUCAGUUCCGCAGUGGUAAAAGCCUUUUGUCAGCCACCUAUUGAAGGUGUAGUACUAGAAAGUUACGGGUCCGGUAACAUUCCUUCGAAACGUGAAGAUGUCGUCAAAGAAAUUGCAGCAGCUGUCAAACGCGGAAUUAUUGUUGUUAAUAUAACACAAUGUACUCGUGGGGCUGUAGUUUCACCUGUAUAUGAGACUGGCCGGUUGCUAUCAGAGUGUGGCGUGGUAUCAGGUUUCGACAUGACACCAGAAGCCGCAUUGACGAAGCUCUCUUACGUUCUGUCCAAGAGCGAACUCAGUUAUCAGGAAAAAGUUGAGAUGAUGAUGACUAACAUAAGAGGAGAGCUAACGAAUACCUCGUCAAUCACUAUAGAUGAUAACGUUUUAAUAGAUGCGCUGGCGUCGAGUCUAAAUAUCCAGUCACCGAAAAUGCUUAUGGAGGUGACUGAAAAGGUGUUUAGUGCAUUGCUCCUCUAUGCGAUAGAACAUGAUGAUACAAGGGCGGUCAGCAAAAUGUUGGACAUGGGAGCUGAUGUAAACGCUCAAAAUACGGAAGGAAGAACCGUACUUCAUGAGGCUAUUACUAAAGGGAAUAUUCACAUUAUAGAAUAUUUACUUAAGAAUGGUGCUAAUGUUCAUCUUAAGACAAGGUGUGGCGAAUCUCCUCUUCUCACGGCAAUAUCAUAUGACAAUCAUGCCAUUAUAAAAUUGUUAAUGCAAUGCGGUGCUCAAUUAACGAGUGUGGAUGUUAAGUUGUUAUCUGAACUACUCUGCGUUGCUGCGAAAACUGGGGUAAUUGCUAAACUCGAGUCAUUGAAGAUAGGUGGCGCUGAUUUCAAUAUAAAAGAUGAAAUGGGACAGACAGCUUUACAUAAGGCAGUGAUAUGCAAUAACCCAGAUAUAGUGCAGUAUCUUUUGAACAAUGGCGCGGAGGUCGACGCAAAGGAUGUUCUGGGAUUCACACCUCUCGAUUGCGCCAAAAAACUUGGCUAUAAAUCAAUCGCCGGUCUCCUACUAGGAAAACGGGAUGAAUCUUAA